AGCACAGAGCAGAAAUCAGCGGUACAUACAGGUCCGCAUGCAGCGAGAUGAGAAGCUAGAGGUGACUGGGGUGGGGGUGUCGGCUUCCUAUGACAAGCACAGAGCACGGUGCACACAAGGAGGGGCGCUGGAUGCGCUGCCAGCCGCCUGCUCCCGUUUUGCACCAGAACACAGGAUAUUGCUAUGCGGCUCUAGCACCUGGCAGCCUGCGGCCGGCAACAUGGGCAGGAACCAGGGUGCCUGGAGGCGGCAGGUGGUCAGAGCCCGAGUGAAGGCUCCAUCAGUGGGCACCUCCUCGCAGCCCUUGCCUGUCUGGAUGAGGCUGUAUUUCUAUGGCAUGCACGGCCUGACCCUGGAUGUGCUGAGCUCCUGCGCCCGGCGCUUCCCUCACAGCCAGGACUACAGCCUUGUGGGCUUCUCCUCCCCAUCCCGAUGCCUGCUGCACGCCGCCGCCCACCUCGCCCUGGAGAGGAUCUACCUGCAAAGGAAGAGCUUCCCCGACAACCACCUGGCUUUCCACUUCGUCUUCUACCCCUCCGUCUUCGUGGGCCUGCAGAUCCUGCUGCGGAGGACGCUGCUGCAGUGCUGCCCCCAGGAGCGGGUGCUGAGUGCGGCAGAGCUGGCGCUGCAGUACGGGCUGGCCGUCUACUACUCGCAAGUGUUUCUCCGGAGCUUCCUGAGGCUGCAGUACCAGAGCUGGGAGGGGUUGGGAGCUGCCUGGGCUAGUGCCGGCCGCCGGCUGCCGCUGCUGCUGCGCUUUCUUUUCUUCGGCAUGCACGGUUUCCUGGACGAGGUCUUCUUCACGUCCGCCUUCAAUGCGCUGGAGAAGCCGGGCAGCCCGCUGAACGGACACACGUCGCUGUGGUCCUUCUUCAUGUACGGCAGCUGCAGCCUGGUGGUGGAGAGGCUGUACUUGUACUUGUGCUACAGCCGGGGAUGGGGCGUCUGGCAGCGGCUGCCUGUCUACAUUCUCUUCGUCUACACCUGGGAGUUCUGCUGGGGCUUAGGGCUCCGCACCUACAACGCUUGCUCCUGGGACUAUUCCCACUAUCCUCUGAAUUUCAUGGGGCUGGUGACCCUGAUGUACUUACCAGGCUGGGUGUUUCUCAGCUUCUACCAGGAUCUGCUGUCCAAGGUGCUGUUGCGGGUGCGCUAUGUGUAAGGCGUGUGUGACAGAUCCACACAGGGGAGAUGUAUCAUAACUUUUAGAGGGAUAAAGUGGAGAAAUUGCCCAUAGCAACCCAUCAGCUUCUAGUUAUCAUGUAUCUGGGCACGGGUACCGGCAGAACGUUUCAUCAUGAAUACCAGCAGUGACUGCGGCACAGGACACUACUCUGUAGGAAGCCUCGCCACCAUUUUUGCUGCCAAGGUUGUAGCAGAACAGGAUCUUUUGAUCUGUGCUGUAUUCAGCGAGUCCUUUUAUUCCCAGCAUAACUAAGGUUGAUACUGUAAAUGAACAGUAAGUAGCACACCAAUACCUGGCACCUUGUAUUGGACGGACCAAUAUGGUUUACAAUUUACCAGCUUGUGAUCCACCGAUUCAUAUUUUCCUACAUUAUAAAUCACCCAAAUACUUUUUAACACAUAUAUAUUUUCUUUAUACGUUAAAAGUGGGCCAAUGAAACAAUUUGUUUUAAUCUUUGUGUAUUAAAUGAAUGUAUUUUGGGGUCUAUUCAUGUACAAAAAUGAAAAGUGAAUUGUUACUUAUCACUAUACUUUGCAUGAGUUUGAUGCGAUAUAUAGAUUUGAUACGUAACAAUUCAUGUAUACUUACCCGACCGGCAAUGCGGUCCCCUCUGCGCAUACACUGGUGGCUGAGGUCCCAGGAGGCUGGAGGGGCUGCUGGGUGUUCAGUGGGCAGAGCUAGUGCCAAGUGCCAGGCAGAGAGCAGGGAAGCAUUGAGUUCCCCUGCUGUCUUGCACUGCAGUUCAGAUUGCAACAUCCUGAGAUGGCAAAUCUGAACUCCUUGGAGAAGCAGAAAGCUGAGGUUUCUGUCCUUUCAGGAAUCGCACUCACCAUAUUACAGUAUGGUGAUGCAAUUCAGGCACACGGGGGUGUCGACGGGAAAGUCAGUAACUUUUCCAUGGUAGCCCACUUUGUGAAUAACCCAAAGCAGAGAAAAGCCCUGUGUUCCACAAAACAGGGAUUAUCUCUGUUUUAUGAACAGACCCCUAUGACACUUAUUACAAAAGUGGUGAAACAUUAAAUUUACCUGAAUAAAUGGGCAUAUUAUAGUCCAGAUUUAUUCAUUCAUUCAGGGCUGUGAACUUCUGUCCACCAUGAUCUUCUGCUUAAUAUACAUGUUCAUCUUUUAGUCCCUCACUGUAUUGUACUACUGCUCAGUAUUUAAAAUAUUUAUAUUUAUUAUUUUUUUUCCACCUAUUGCCUAUAGUUAUAAUUGUCAAGCUUUUUGUUAAGAUACAACAUAGCCAAUAAAUUAUCAUUUGUUCAUAUAUUAUCAACCUUUAUUUAUGUACACCAACAUAGUAUGAACCACCAACAUACUACACAUUAAUGUCUAUCCUAAAGUAGCUCACAGUUACUACAUUUUUACAAUAUAAAAACGCUAGCCUCAUUUUGCCUUGAAAAUGAUUGCCGCUUUAAAAAUACAGACAACUUUUGCGGCAUUCACAUUCCAUGUCACAAACUAUUACCUUUAGUAACCUUGUGGCGAGUGAAGCGAGUCACCAAGGCCACAAGGGGACGCAUUUCAACAAAUUUACGAUCCAUGUCACAAAUUAUUACCGCUAGUAACCUUGUGGCGAACAAAGCGGAGCGAGCGCCUAAGCCCAAAGCGUGGCAAGUAAAGCGAGCCCGCAAGUGGACGCAUUUGAACAAAUUUCGAUUAAAAAAAAUGUUUUAAUACACAAAUUGACACCCCCAAAAAAUAAGAAAUUUGUGUCAAACUUUUGACCCUGUCAAACUUAUGGUGUAGACCUAAUGACUGUCUACCUUUUUAAUGUCUAUCUUUUGUACCACACCCGCCUAUAUCUACUGUACCUCACGAGGAACUAUUGAGUGUAAUCAUAAAUGUAGUUGCCUGACUUCAGCAUCAACAAAGUGAAAAUAUAUUUGCAAAACAAACUUUUAUUGCUGGAUUUACACCUAACAAAUGUGUUAAAAAUUUCAGUAUUUACCUAUUUGGCAUCAGCAAGUCUAUUCCCAUAUCUACGUAUAAGGAUAAGAGCUGUGCUUGCCAAAUAUUACAGUAAAUGAAGUUCUACAUCCAAGUGCAUUGUGGUGAUUUUCACUUGGACAUUGUUUUUUUCUAUUCUUCAAAAUUAUUACCUUAAUGCCUGUUGAAUUUCCUUAAUGUUUUCCUGUACAGGUCUACAGAAGUGAGGCAGUUGGACAUGAUCUAAGAUAAACAGAAAAACUCAGCAGAGAUGCUGCCUUAAAUAAUUGCUUACUGCAUCGAACUACAUAAAUUAUUAAUACGGGGUCAUUCUUGUUAUGGUUGUUGGCAAUAUAUCAUAAUAGCUGUUUAAAUACAGAACAGUCAAGCAGAUGUAUUAACCUGGAGAAGGGAUAAGGAAGUGGUAAAGCAGUGAUAAAUGCAAGGUAAUAAUGCACAAGCCAAUCAUUACGGAUUUGGAAAAUGACAGGAGCUGAUUGGCUGGUGCAUUAUCACCUUGCACUUAUCACUGCUUUAUCCCUUCUCCAGGCUUAAUACAUCUGCCCUAGUGUUUAAAUUUGAGACUUAUGGUCAGUUAGAGCACAGAGUAAAGAAAAGGCAGGCGUGCCGACAAUCAGCAAAUAUGUAGAUAUAUAGCAUAUAAACUAGACAUGUGCAUGGUUGUUUUG